AUGGCAAACGAGACGGCUGUGACAGAAUACAUCUUGCUGGGGCUACACGAGCACCCUAACCUAGAGAUCGUCCUGUUUGUGCUCUGCCUGGGCAUCUACACCAUGAAUGUGCUGGGGAACUCCCUCCUCAUCGGCCUGAACAUGCUGGACCCCCGCCUGCACAGCCCCAUGUACUUCUUUCUCAGCAACCUCUCCCUCAUGGACAUCUGUGGCACAUCCUCCUUUGUGCCUCUCAUGCUGACCAACUUCCUGGAAGCCCAAAGGACCAUCUCCUUCCUUGGUUGUGCCCUGCAGAUGUACCUGACCCUGGCGCUGGGCUCCACAGAGUGCCUGCUCCUGGCUGUGAUGGCAUAUGACCGUUAUGUGGCUAUCUGCCAGCCGCUUAGGUACACAGAGAUCAUGAGUAGGUGGACGUGCCUGUGGAUGGCAGUGCUGAGCUGGGGGACAGGUUUUGCCAUUUCACUGCUGCAGUCUCUUCUCACCUGGAGCCUCCCCUUCUGCGGCCACAAUAUCAUCAAUCACUUCUUCUGUGAGAUCUUGGCAGUGCUGAAACUGUCCUGUGGGGACAUCUCUCUCAAUGCACUGCUAUUAAUCAUGGCCACGGCUGUCCUGACGCUGGCCCCACUCCUCUUCAUCUGCCUGUCCUACAUUCUCAUCCUUGCUGCCAUCCUUAGGGUGCCCUCUGCCGCAGGCCGGUGCAAAGCCUUCUCCACCUGCUCUGCCCACCUCACAGUUGUGGUGGUUUUCUACGGGACCAUCUCCUUCAUGUACUUCAAGCCCAAGGCCGAGGACCCCAACCUGGAUAAGAUUAUUGCAUUGUUCUAUGGGGUCGUGACGCCCUCACUAAACCCCAUCAUCUACAGCCUGAGGAAUGCAGAGGUGAAAUCUGCUGUCCUAGCCCUGCUCUGGGGAGACCUGCUCUCCAGGAAAUUGUCCCACCUUCCCUGUUGCUCUUCAACUGUGUCACGCAAGACAGCUAGGUCCGUCAUGGUAAUGACUUCAAAUCGCAGUGGCUGA